AUGCUUAAGGGAAUGAGUUGGGGCAGUGCUGAUGUUGAUUGGUGCGAGGAUAACUACUCCAUUUCUCCAUUUGUGGCUGAAUUUUACAACACUGUUAGUAACGCUGUCUUCUUUGUGUUCCCGCCCAUCAUGUGGAUGCUCUGUAAGGAGUACGCCCGUUGCAUCAAUCCCUAUAUAAAACUGAUGUGGGUUUUGCUGAUGGUGGUUGGGGCGUUUUCCGCGUACUUCCACUGCACUUUAAGUCUGGUCGGGCAAUUGCUAGAUGAGGUGGCCAUUUUGUGGGCGUUGUCCCUAGGGGCGGGACUCUGGUUUCCGAGGAGAUACUAUCCCAGGGUACUGAAGGGAGACAGAAAGCUUUUCCGCAGAAUGGUGUUUGCAUUAACGCUUUGCGGGACGAUGCUUGCUUUCAUCAAGCCGUGGUUCAACUCGUUCUUACUUCUAGCCUUCGUCGUUCCGGGAUUCUGGACGGCUAAUCUUGAGCUUAAAAGGUUGAAGAAUCAGCGAGUAGACCAAAUAUUUCGAGCCGAUGCCAUCAUGUGGGGAAUCUCCAUUGCCUGCUGGAUUGCCGAUCGCACCCUGUGCGAUUUCUGGCUCUUUGUGUCUUUCCCCUACCUCCACAGCUUCUGGCAUGUCUUCAGCUUGGUGGCUUGUUACUACUCCGUGGUUCUCUUUGCCUACUUCGACGCUACGAGCGAAUGUGUCGAGCUGGGGCCUGUGCUACGUUACUGGCCCAACGACAGCGUCGCCAAUUUCAAAUUCGGUUUGCCGUACAUUGCUCUAAUGAGCAAUCCUUACGAAGAUGAACACAUGAACAAGGGUUUGUAG